UUUAGGGGAAACGAGUCACGGUCACCUGCAAAAUAAAGAUCUGUAGAACCCUGGCAGGGAAGCCUACCCGAAGGCAGGAGCGUUAGCAGCCCCAGCUCUGGCUGCCCUCACCCCUUCUUCUGCCCACGAACCCGUCCCACCCAUUCCUCGCCACCCCUAGCCUCGCGGCUGCCUUCUCCCAACUCCUCCCCUCCCUCCUGGUUUGCACCCUGGCCAUUGCCACCUGCGGACCGACCCGACCGAGUGGCCUGGAGCCACUGCGGGGCAGCGGGAUGAAGGUCGCUUCGCUCGACGGUCGCCAGCUCAGGAAGCUGCUGCGCCAGGACACGGCCCGCUGUGUGGUGCUGGACUGCCGGCCCUACCUCUCCUUCGCCGCCUCCAGUGUGCGGGGUUCGCUCAACGUGAACCUCAACUCGGUGGUGAUCCGGCGGGCCCGGGGCGGCGCCGUGCCGCUGCGCUUCGUGGUGCCCGACGAGGCGGCCCGGGCGCGGCUGCUGCAGGAGGACGGAGCCAGCGGAGCGGCCGUGAUCGUCCUGGACCAGGGGACCCGUCACUGGCAGAAACUGCGGAAGGAGAGUACGGCGCACAUCGUCCUGGGCACACUGCUCUCCAGCCUCCCAGCCGGCCCCAGGAUCUGCUUUCUCAAAGGAGGAUAUGAGACCUUUUAUUCACAAUAUCCUGAGUGUUGCGUGGAUGUAGAACCCCUUUCACAAGACAAAACCGAAACAGAGAGAAACCUCAUCAGUCACUGUGAGAAACAGAACAUGAGCCGAAAACCUGCUUAUGAUCAGGGUGGUCCAGUUGAAAUUCUACCAUUCCUCUACCUUGGCAGUGCUUACCAUGCUUCUAAGUGUGAGUUCCUUGCCAAUCUCCACAUCACUGCCCUACUCAAUGUUUCCAGGAAAAGUUCAGAUUCCUGCACCUCUCAGUUCGACUACAAGUGGAUCCCAGUAGAAGACAAUCACACUGCAGACAUCAGCUCUCAUUUUCAGGAAGCAAUAGACUUUAUUGACUGUGUCAGGCGAACUGGUGGCAAAAUCUUGGUUCACUGUGAGGCUGGAAUCUCCCGCUCCCCCACCAUCUGCAUGGCUUAUCUCAUGAAAACCAAGCGAUUCCGCCUGGAGGAGGCCUUUGAUUACAUUAAGCAAAGGAGGAGCAUGAUCUCACCCAACUUUGGCUUCAUGGGCCAGCUCCUGCAGUAUGAAUCAGAGAUACUAUCUUCUAUGCCCAACCCCCAGGUUGCCUCCUGCAAGAGGGAGGCAGCAGCUGCAUCGUUCUUUGCCGAUGAAUUGACUCUGAGCCCAGGGUUUGAAGGCUCUUGCUACACGUUCCCUACCUCUGUGCUGACAACAGUGCCCAUCCACUCGCCGGUCCAUCAGCUGAAGCUGAGCCCCAUUACUGCAUCUUCGACCUGCUGAAGGCAGGUCGAUGGGGGGGGGGUGUGCUGAGAGCAACUGUGAUUUUUAAAACUCAAGACAUUUCAUAACUGUGCAAUACUGAUGACCUCAAGUCAAGUGGUUCUGGGAGGCAGAGGUGUUUCUGCUCCAGAGCCAGGUUUGCAAGCAUCGAUUAGACUAAAUGGACUUUGGGGAAAGGUUCUCAUUGGAGUGUUACCAUGGGACACCAAGCCAUUCAUGUGCUGUGAGGUGCGCCAACUACUGUGCUUCCAGGCCUAAAACUUCCUGGCUGCUGGAAGACUUCUUUGUCCUCUUCCUCCUUUUCCUCUUUAAAGGACACUUUCAGUCCUUACACCUCAUGGUCUGCCUUUUUUCAUUCCUAAUUGUAGGCAAUAAAUACCUGCAGCAGCCAAGGGAGAAGACCUUUUAAAAAGCCAAUUUACUCUGAAGGAAGCACAAUUUCUCACCUUGAGUUUCUUAGGUAGUAAAGCCAGAAUUUUGGCUGGAUUUGGCCAACCUACUUUAUUUUUUAUUUUAGUUUUUCUUUUUAAAUAACUGUUUCCUGUGACUUCAGGGCAUGAGCUGAUGAUCAGCUCAUGUCAGGAAAAUAACUGUGCCAGGUCUGUCCCAUUAGGAACAUUGUAUAUGGCUCUUGAGAGCUUCCAAUUUCUAAAGAGUAUGAUGGAGAUUAGACCAUUAUACAAACUCUUGUGGUAGCAGAAUAGAGGUCAGUUUCAUUGGGACAGGUGGCUGAGUUUUAGGGGGAGGAGGUUCUGGGUUUCCCAUUGCUUUUUUGAGCUAAUACUCCUAUAGGCCAGGUGGAUUCUUGGGUGAAGCAGAGGGACCCAGCUGGCCACUUAAGAUAGAGCCUACUCUCCAGCAUAGCUCUUGCCAUACUUGAAUAUCUCCUGACAUACCCUGAAACAUAGAGACACUUCUACCUACCAUUUGAAAAAGGUAACUGCUGAAUUAUAGACCAAAAACAACCAACCCCCAUCCAGCUCCUUUAAAAUAAAAAAAAAGAAAACAAUACCUUCUUGUGCUCUGUAGGUCAAUAGCAUUGAAAAUUUGAUGUACUCAGUUUAGCUUGCCUGUUGUAUGUGCUUGCCUACUUUGUGUGUGUGUGUGUGUGUGCGUGUGUGUGUGUUUAUUUGUGUAUAUAUCUGUCUGCUCACAAAGGACUGUACUGUGUGUUUCUGUAACAUCAUUCCCAUCCCUGCCCUGAAGGUCGUCUUUAAGCUAUUGGCUUAAUGUCAUUUUUUUUGUAGAUCUGCAGUGUCAUCCAAAAACAUGGUACUUGUCCAUCAGUUAUUCCUCCAGGGUAAGAGGCAAUAAUUUCCUGAAAUACAUAAAUAACAUGAAUGUGAAGAAAGCUGAGAUGUACUGAGAUGUUGUUGGUUGCUUUUUUAUAAUACAAAAUAAAAAUGUAAAAAAUAUAUGAACCUUUCUUCUGUGCCUCUGGGUAAUGUGGCAGAGGGUUUGGUAAUACAUACAUACAUCAUCACAGGAAUUUGUGCCCAAAUAGUCUUUGAUGGAUCAUAAAUCCUCAAUAUACAUAUCAUCCUGAAUACAUAUAGUAGUGUCUGGGUUUUUAUUGAGCAGCCAUUGGUAUGAGUCAUGUUUAGGAAUUAAAUUAAAAUUAAAUUAAAGUAUGGGGGGAGGAGAGAGGUUGAUGGUUAGGGAGGACCAGUGUUUUCCAGACUCAUUCUAACUUCAGCUUAUGUUUUGGCCCUCUAAUGUGGAUCUUCCCUCUAUCACUACCCUUGCCUUAGGCUUGUGAAGUUGAUUUUUUUUGGGGGGGUGAGGCAAUUGGGGGUUCAGUGACUUGCCCAGGGUCACAUAGCUAGUAAGUGUCAAAUGU